CAAACAGUUCAACUUGGAUCAUGUGUUUGGUGACAUCAAAGCCAUUUUCACCCCCAAACGUCUCAAGCCCCAUUCAAGCUCGCCAGGACACAGGAGUACAAUUAGCACAUCCAAUAUCACGUUAAUUAAUUUAAACUCAUCAACAAUAUCCUCGAUCCCAUUCUAAUCGAUCAACGUUCCGAGACAGUGAGGCAAAAAAAAAAACAACUUAAUGGCAAACCGGUUCGCAAACGAUACAUGGAAACUCGUGGCAACCCGAAAAACCGGCGCGUCACGCGCUACCGAAAACAAAUGGAAAAUUUGCCGAACAACUCGGUAAAAUACAUCAACCUGAAGAGAAAAAAAUAAAGCUAUUCUGUGCAUAGAACGAUACUAGUUAAAUAGUGCGGGUGGAGUAAAAAUAGAAAAUAUUGCGGAAGUUGAUGAAAAAAAAAACUCCGACUAUUCGGCUAAAAUUGAGAUUAAAACAUGAAUGGCAUGAGUCUACGAUGCUUGGAGACUAGAUUUCGACGUUCAGUGCCGGAAGAUCAGACAAAAAACGUUUAUCCCAUUGACUACAACAGCAGUUUAAUUUACGAAGAGGAAUCGCUACCAUGCGACUCACUGCUUUUUCUCCUGGAAUUCCUGCAUGCGUAUUACAUUCCUACGAUCAUAGUCCUGGGCCUGGUUGGCAAUCUUCUCUCAUGCAUUGUAUUUUCGAACACUCAUCUGAAAAUGCGCAGCUCCAGCUACUACCUGGCAGCUCUGGCCAUUACCGAUUUCACAUUUUUAAAUGUUUUACUCCUCGUCUGGUUGAACAGUGAACUUGAUUGGCGGGUGUUCAACGCACAUGGCUGGUGUCAAAUACUAGUGUACAUAAGUGCAGUUUGCAGUUCACUCAGUGUUUGGUUGAUUGUUGCCUUCACAGUCGAACGUUUCAUUGCCAUUCAGUAUCCCCUCCACAGGCCACAAAUGUGUACCAUAUCGAGGGCCAAAACCAUAGUUUGUUCAUUGAUUGUUUCGUCGAUGAUCUGUCACUCUUAUGCACUCGUAGCUGCUGGUGUUGUUGAAAAUUCUCAGGGAACGCCUUACUGCGAUCUCAAACACGAAUACAUGGAUAUUAUGAAAGUUAUCAGCACGAUUGAUAGUAUUGCAAGCCUCAUGGUUCCUAUUAUACUCAUUGUUGUCAUGAAUACAAUGAUUAUGCGCAAUCUUCUGAAAUUUAGCAGGAGAUUCAGACAAACGCCGAUGGCAAGUGUUAUAGUUUCCAAUCAAUGCAACAGCAACGAUCGACCGGAUAUUAAUCUCAAUCAAAUUUCGAGUAAAAGUAGCAGUCAUAAUGGCAUAGCGCUGGGAACAAUGAUGGCUAAUCGGGCUGGCUCACAACAAUCAUUUCAUUCCUCAAAAAACAGUAACUCUCACCGCUCUUCAUCAGCCUCAGGCGGUCCCGUACCAACGGCAGGAACCGCCACAGCGAAUAUAACAACACCAGCACAACCAUCUUCCACAACUCCCUGUCAUUUAAAUUAUCAAGUACCAGAAAUUGGAGCAAAAUGCAUAAGCAUUGGAUCAUCUUCAAGAAGUGUUAUGUCGACGAAAAAUCAACAUAACAUAACAAAAAUGCUUCUUCUUAUAAGUACUGCCUUCAUACUUCUCAAUCUUCCAAGCUAUGGAAUACGUCUGUGUAUAUUUUUCCUCACCCUCGCGAAGCAGGAGAGUCCAGCCCUUCUGUGGUGUCUACAACAAUUCUUCAUGCUCCUUUAUUACACAAACUUCAGCAUAAAUUUCCUACUCUACGCCAUGUGCGGUGUAACUUUUCGCCGCUGUCUGAAGCAACUGGUCCAGAAAACUUUAACAGGCCUAACAAGGUAUAUUGGAAGGCAACGAAGAAAUUCCGACAUCACCUAGGAAGGUCAUCUUCAUUAGAUACUCCUCCUACUUUGCGUGUCUAUCUACAUGUUUCUGCACUUGAAACUGCUGUAACCAUAUCCCAGGAUGAAUAUUUCGGGAUUGUGAAAGAGAAAGGGGGAAAAAAAGCCAUCCACCGGAAGGAAUCGUGGAGAAUUUUCCGUGAUAAGAGCUUGGUAUUUAUUCUGUUCUCCUUCAAUCAUUCUUUUCACGUAGACAAUGGAAUAUUUUUCAUUCCCCUAUGACACUGUGUUAUAUGUAUUACGUACAAUAGGAUAUUCGUAUUCCCAGGGUAGUUUUCGGAGAGGAAGAAGAAGAUGCCUCGUACUCAUUGCACACUAUAUUACAUGUGUAUUUUUGAUAUUUCUCGCCAGUCUGCUCUACUUCUUAUAAGAAACCAGUGGGGAGUCUGGGGAACUGGAAGGCCGCACCACAUCAUACCAUUGUACAAUUUCACCCAGUUCUCGCAACUACCCAAUACCAAGGAUCAAAUUUUUUCCCGUCUCAUCACUGUCUUCGACUUGAUCUCUAUUGAUGCCCAUGUUGUCAUACUUUACCGCUCGCUGUUUUAUUUUCGUCAUUCCUUGUAAAUGUGUAAAUAUUGUCAACGCACUCGAUCAUCUCAUCCAAGUUCAUAUGAUUGUUUAUAUUCGUUCAUUGUACUUGUUGGACCAUGAGUACAGUGGAAAACAUCUUGUAUGUAUAUUAGAUGAUGCUUUUGGUCGUAAUUUAACCCUGGAUUGGUCACCCGGGGUGAAUCACAUCAGAAAAAUUUUGGUGACCAGUCUAGGAUUAAAGGUAAGGUUUACUGAUAAAGUAAAUGGCAUCAAAGGGACUAUUUUUCAAAUUAUAUUAGAUAUGCGGUACGAAUACCCAAUGUUUUAUAAUUUUGCGUAAUGAAACGAGACCAAGAAUGUUGUAUGAGAAUGA